AUAUACUAGUAACAAUUAUGAACUUUUUAGUUGUCAACAAAUCAUAAUCAUGAAUUUGUACAUUAGGUUUUAAGAUGACAAAAAUGGGUUUGUGCGUCUUCGAAUUGCAAAACAAAAUGAAGACCCUCUUUAGUUUCAUUAAAAUAAGACCCAAUAGUUACCAACUUCGAGUAGUCUUAUUGAAGCCCAAUUAAUAAAUUAAAGGCCCAAACUAAAAGCAGUAUUUUACAUAAUAAUACACAUCGUCAGUCUCUUCCUCGGACAACCAAACCCGGAGCUCCUCGACCUCGCUGUGAUUGUAAUAAGUAACACAAAAUACCUGGAGAAAUAGAUUAUACUACAUAGAAAGAGAAAGAGAGAGUGUGUAAGAACAUGGCAAGUGUAGAGCAAGUAGCUGAGCUGAUAUCAUCGCUGGAGCAAGCAACUUUAAUGGCGCAGCAAAUGGGAACCACCGUGGACCAGAACCAGUUACUCCAAAUCUCCUCUCUCCGCAUAGCCCACCAACGCCUCUCUGCCUUCCUAGCCUCCAUCCCAUCGGCGGAAGGGGAGAAAUCUUUCUCCUCCGUCGAGCCGAUGCAAUUAGGAGAAGAAGAGAAGGGAGAGGCUGAAGAGGAGAGAUAUUCGGCGAUGGAGAAGGUGGAGGAGAAGAUGAGAGAGUGCUUCAUUAGAAACAAGAGACUCAAGCGGCCACUGUCUCCGUCGUCGACGGAAGAGAGGAGUGGCCGUGAUUAUGGGUUUGAUUCCGACCCACAUGCCACCAAGUUGAGAGCUUUGGAUCUUAUCUACCAGUUUCAUGGAUGAUUGUAACAAAUUGUGAUUGUAAAGACUAUCGUUUUGGGAUUACAAAAUCAACAAUUUAGCUUA